AUGGUAUAUGAUGAAAGUAAGCCUCCAUCCAUUUCCUUACUAGAGCUGUCCCCCCACUGUCACGUGACGUGCACAGAGGUGGCAGUGGAAGACUGGGAGUUUGCGGAGUGGUCGUGCCAGGUGCAGCUGCAGGUGAGCAUCAGCGACACCAACGACAACGCGCCGGAAUUCAGUGAGGGAAGCCACAGAGCUACAAUUGCUGAGGACGCCCCUGUCAAUACUGUUUUAAUCAAGAUGCACGCUACAGAUCCCGAUCUCGGAAUCAGUCGGCGAAUCAAAUACAGUUUCGUGGAUUCUGCGGACGGCCACUUCACCAUCGACGACACAGAGGGCGUGGUGAGUCUGGCCCGCCCACUCGACCGGGAGAUCCGUGACUCUUACACGUUGACGGUGCGGGCCCAAGACCAUGGCGUCCCGCCGCUCUCAUCUACGGCACUUCUAACUGUAAUGGUCGCAGAUGUCAACGACAACCCGCCAGAAUUUGUGCGGAAGUUGCAAGAGACAACAGUGGCGGAGAACACGAAGGUCGGGGCAGAAGUCACUCGGGUCAUGGCCACUUCAAAGGACAUUGGUGUUAAUGCCGAGAUUACGUACUCGAUUCAGCACACGACCGAGGAGAAGUAUUUGCAAAUACAUCCCAAAACAGGUGUCAUCAGCGUGGGGUCUCCGCUGGACUACGAAGAGGUGCGGCAGGUGGUCGCGACCGUGGUGGCCACCGACGGAGGGACGCCCCCGCUCUCCGCCACCGCCCUCGUGAAUGUCACCAUCACCGACGUCAAUGACAACACCCCAGUGUUCUCUUUGCCGUCCUACACGGCUGCUGUGCGCGAGGAUGCUUUGCGGGGGAGCAGCGUCAUUCAGAUUUCUGCGAGCGACGCGGAUUCUGGCGUGAACAGCCUUAUUCGGUACACUAUCAAGACUGGCAAUGAGCUCCGCUGUUUCCACAUAGACGAAGAUUCUGGUAUCAUUACAGUGUUGAAAAAGCUAGACAGGGAAAAGGAGGAAGAGUACCAGCUAAUUAUUGAAGCACGAGAUAUGGGCACGCCUUCUAACGAAGCAGACGCAAACCUCAUUAUAACUAUUAGAGACGUAAACGACAAUCCACCCGUUUUCACAAAAAGCAAUUAUUCUGUGGUAGUUCAGGAGAACCGGCCUGUCGGCUACUCCCUGCUGCGCCUGAUGGCCACAGACGCAGACUCCGACUCCCACGGCGCCCCGUUCACCUGGGAACUGAUCAACGGGGCCCACGAAGACCGCGCCUUCACGCUCGACCAGGACGGCUCCCUCAGGCUUGCCACGAACAAACUCAACUACCGCGUACAAAAUGAAUACUUGAUGGACGUGCGAGUCUGGGAUAGCGGGUCUCCGCCACUGUACGCCGACACUCAGGUCAAGGUGAUGGUGGUCGAGGAGUCUCGCUACCCGCCCACUCUGUUCCCUCUGCAAGCCGCCGUUAUUAAUUACCGGAGGGCCUUCCCUGGCGGCAUAAUCGGGCGUAUAACCGCCCUUGACCAGGAUCCAUAUGAUACCUUGGUGUACUCCAUCGUUCCGGACACAAAAACUGUUAAAUAUUUUGACAUCGACAGCCAGGAUGGUACUUUAGUGGCCCUUACUCCCUUGGACCCCGGCUCAUACACCGUAAACAUAAGCGUGUCAGAUGGCAAGUAUGAGCGAGACGUAGUGGCCAAGGUCGAUGUAACUGUCAUCACGGAGGACAUGGUAGAAAACUCAGUCAUCGUCAGGAUAGGCCCUGUGUCACCAGCCGAGUUUCUCUCUCGAUAUCAGAAAGCUUUCAUUAGGGGCAUUAAAUCAGAACUUGCUGUUAAGGAGGAAUCUGUUAUACUCGUAAGUAUUCAGCCAACUGUUUCGCAUUCUGAUUAUGUUGAAGAACAGAUCGAGGAAAGAAAGAAGAGAGAAAUACAAAGGAAUUUAGAUGUACUGAUAGUGGUAGAAAAUUCCGAAGGUGCUUACCUUUCCAGAGGACAUUUACUUGAACAGUUAAGGGUCAAGGAAAAGGAAAUACAAAAGAAAUUAAAUCUUCCGCUUUUGACGAUAAUGGAUUCCCUUUGCAAAGGAGAAGCACACUGCAUGAAUCAUGGUUCUUGCAUCGACGUUGUUGAAAUCAAUGAUGAUGUGUCUGUACCAUUCAAUACCCAACUAGCAAGUUUAGUAGCACCAAAAUUCUCCCACGUGUCAGGUUGCGUUUGCGAACAGGGAUAUGGUGGCAGUCAGUGUCAAGAUUUAAUAAAUGCGUGUGGACAUCGUCCAUGUGCUGAGUAUGAAGUGUGUAAACCCGUUGACACAGGGCCGCGAAACUACACUUGUCAGUGUCCCGCUGGACAUGCAGGUCCACAGUGCCAAGUAGAUCUCACUAAGUGUAUAAGCCCCUCUUGCCAUUACCCACUACGACCGUUAUCAUUUAAAGGCAAAAGUUAUGCUCAGUAUAGUGUAGCACGUCAAGCUGAGAGCAGUUCAUUAACACUGAGUCUCUUCUUGCGGACUAGACAUCCAGUAGGAACAAUUGUUUUUGCUGCUGGCGAUAUUGACUUCAGCAUAUUAGAAGUGGCUAGUGGCCACAUUCAAUAUCGAUGGGACUGUGGAAGUGGUGAGGGUUUGGUAAGAGUAUCUGCAGUAAGAGUUGAUGAUGAUCAGUGGCACUUUAUCAAUCUGACCCGAGAAGGGACAAUAUCCACUUUAAGUGUAGAUGGUGACAUGAGUUCUGGGGCUGCGCCGGGGGAUAAUGAUAUACUCAACGUUGAUUCAGACUUCAUUUUCUUGGGCGCCACCAUCAGUAGAGACCGCAGCUCCAGUAUGUCUUCAUACCAUAACAGCUUAGGCUUCGCAGGAUGUCUGGACCAAGUAAACAUUGACCAAGUAGAACUUCCUGUAGCCAUGACAGCAUCUUCGUCCGGCGGUGCAAUACUCAAGCGACUUGCUAAUGUUGAACUUCAGUGCCCAGAAAAUUUGGCUGCUGCUGGCGUCUGUGGCUCUCACCCCUGCCUUAAUGGAGGAACAUGUGUAGAGAGUGGCAGUAGCUACAAGUGCACCUGUCCCCAGCGGUUUUCUGGAGUGCAGUGCCAAAUUGACACAGCCCCCUGCUCCUCCUCACCUUGCCUUAAUGGAGGCAAAUGCGUCGUUGUAGCUCACUCCUAUAAGUGCAGAUGCCCAUCGAAGUUGAGUGGAAAACGUUGUGAAUACGGUGUGCACUGUAACCCUAACCCCUGCCAGAAUGGUGGCCGGUGCGAGGAAGGUGCUGAUGGCCCAAUAUGCAAAUGUCAACAUUUUACAGGGGCAAUGUGUCAGUUGGACAUUGAUGAAUGUACUCAUAAUCCUUGCCAAAAUAGUGGCACUUGUCUCAACUUUUACGGAGGUUUCAAAUGUAUAUGCUCCCCAAAUGUUACUGGUGAGUAUUGUACCGAGCCUUUGCAAAAGCUGAAAGCGACAGAUUCCUCCCUAAACAUCACGCUUGAGGAACUUGUGUGCAUCCUGGCAGUAUUCUUGGGGUGUGUAGUGGCCAUGCUAGUGCUCGUGGCGUGGCAGCGUCGGCGCUGGAGACACAAGCGCCACCAGCAGAACAACCGGAUUAAGCUCACCGAGAACCACGUUAAGAAUGACCUCAAAGCUAACGAUGCUCCAAAAAGAAAUUCCAAAAUCUGCAAUGUGGAGGCUGAUCAGGGCCCUCCGCUGCCUCCGCGUCCGGCCUCUUACACUCCGUCUGGCACCGACUCCGCCAUACUGAACACGCUCAAACACCUGGCUGACCUUUCUGCCGACCACGAGAACCUGGAGCUGGAGACACUGUCUAGGCGUUCCCAUGAAUUCCUUCACAGCCUGAAUAAACCUGUGGUGGCGCCUCCCAGUUUGUCGCCUCCGCCUCCCUCCAACAGUGACACGGAGUCACUGCAAAAGCCCUGGGACCACCACAACAAUCUUAAUGACUCCUACUUCAUGCCCAUCAAGGAUAUAGGAUGCGACCUGGUAACCAACAUUGACGAGAACCGAGCUCCCAGCCGCCUGUCGACGGUGUCAGAUGAUUCUUCAGUGCGCCGAAGGGGGUCGUCGCCGCCUGCCGUGCCGCCCCUCCCCCGGCCGUCGCUCCUGGGCCGCCGGGGCAGGGGCCUCCAGGGCCACCCCCUCGAAGUGAACGCCAUAGAUCCUGCUCCCUUCGUUGGCCCCCCCCACGCAAGCGCCCCCGGUGUCGCGGACGGGUUACCUGCUAGGAAUGUCACGGGUGAUAAAUCGCCCCGUUAUGGAUAUCCUCCGACUCAGGCCAAGAAAAAAGGUUAUCACUGGGACGACUAUGAUUUACGAGGAUCCAGGACUUUACUAGGAAACGGCGCGUGUGCGGCCACGCCCGACCUGCUGCUGCUGCCCAAAGAGCUUCCUCCUGCGGCGGUGCUGGCGGACGACAGGGCCAUGGAGGGCCGGCCGCGCAUGUCGGGCCUUAACCAUUUUGGGACGAAGGUAGGAAACCCCGAGGAAGAAACGGCAGCAACUCCCCUGCUCUCCAUUGACGUGAGAGACAUAGAUGUUGACGAGGAUGACGAGGAGGAAAAUGAUAUCGAUGGUGAUGAUCCUUGCAGUUUUGAAGAAAUUCUCUUGGCCAAUAACAUUACUUUAGGGUCGAAUUGCGAACUCAACCAUGCUGCUAAGUACAAUAUUGUGUCAGACUUAGAAGAGGACAUUCCUGAACCACAGACGAAGAUCUUCAACGUGCCUUGUUCUCUUGAGGAGGAUGCGAAUAAGCUAGGGAGCCCUAGGAGUCGCCGUCCGUUUCAUCGCACAGACUAUGGGCGAGUUUCAGACUUGUCCUUCCUUUCCGCUCUUGAGGAAGAUGACGUAGAUGACUCUCUCUCGGAACUGCAAGAUUCGGAUUACGAACCAUUAGACAGACCAAGAGGCCAACAGACAGCAACGUUAAUUCAGACGUCUGUGUCUGAAGUCUUUUUAUAGCCAGCUGAAGUUUUACUGCCGGUCAGAACUAUGUAAUAUUUGUCCACUAGAGAACGAGUUCACGAAGAAAAGUUCGAGAAAUAGGAGCGCUGUAGAUUAAAACGUGGUGCUGCAUUUGGAUAAUGACAAAUCUUUUUGCUGGGGAAUAAUGUCUCGUAGGAAGAUAGUAACUGAGAAAAAAUGAAUGUGAACGCACAAGAUAUAAUAAUUGUGCUACGUCGGUGCCUUCUGGUCCAGUGAUGGGUUGUAGGCUGAACAAAUAGGUAUUUUUUACUUUAUUGUUUAUAUAUACAUAUAUACUUAUAUUAGCUUCACUUCUUUCCAGCACUUUUUGCAUUUAUGGAAGAUAUUUUAUAGGAAAAGACAAACGAAAAGGAAGAUAUAAUUGUAAAUAAUUAUAAUUUUUCACCUUGAGGAAUUUUAUUCAAUGUAAUGCUGGGUAUUCGUAAUACACCAGAUGUACGUGUGUAGCUCUGUCCAAAAAAAAGACCAAUUCUGUUAUGGGAUCAGAGUGACAUUGGUCAUCCGUAAUUCCCGGUAUUAUGUGUAUACAGUGAAAUCCACUUCCUAACACCACUAUGAAGUAUUUAUGUUUUUGUGUAGUAAACUGUAUGUAAUCAUUUAACCCAACUCGUUAUACUAAAGCACAAAUGAACCCUAUUUCAAUGUUUGUGUAAAUGGAAGUCGUUAGAUUUUCUUUAUAUAGGUAGAACAAUCUCUGCAUGUUUAUUUUCAGUGUCAAAUCAAAUUCCCUUGGGAAUUCAAGUGAUCAGGGAUGGCGGACUUUAAAGAGCCAUAGCAGACGAAUAAUUAUUCAGUGUGUCGAGGUGUACGGUUAGUGCCUACACACACUUUAAAACUGUCAAUCAUUAUGAUGCUGCAUUUCCUCUGGACUAGUCAUGUUGAUACAGAGUAGAAAAAGUGCCUAUGCAAGAGAUGUUGAUGAAAUUCCAGGAGAAGCCAUGUAAGUAAAAUUAUAGAUAUUGCUAUUUUGUCUGUAGCAACUGGCCAUUAGUAAUUUCCUUCCGUCGAGGGAAAUCAAGGAAUCGGAAUUACAUGGACUUUCCUAAAAUUAAACUAGGUAGCGUUAGAGUGUUUUAAUGAAUCAAUGAGUAGUAAUGAGUAGCUUAUUUGUAUAAUAUGAUUUAGUACUAUUUGAUGUGCUCCAUCUUUUCAUUCUAUGAUAAAGACAUAAAUUAAUCUGAUUGGCAUAUCGAUUAUAGGAAACUGUUGUCACAAAAGAUUAUUUUUGUAAAAAAAGUACUUGUGUAAAUAAAGUUGUUGUCCCA